AUGUAUGAUGGCACACUGCAGUUGUCUGGGUGUGGGACAGAUAAGGGAUCACAUUCUUUUGAAGGAAAUUAUUGGGCCCACUACUUUAUCCAAAAGCAGAAAGAAUCUCUGCAAAGAAUCAGACGUUCUGGACAGCUCAGAAGUAUGGAAGAGGAGUACUUUCAGCCAACAGUUUUGGGCAAAGAUUCCUGUUCUACCUGGGGUGGAGGGCAUUUCUCAACCUUUGAUAAAUACCAAUAUGACUUCACGGGGACCUGCAACUAUAUCUUUGCUACUGUAUGUGAUGAAACCAGCCCAGACUUCAACAUUCAGUUCCGCCGUGGACUGAACAAAAAAAUUGCAAGGAUCAUUAUUGAGCUGGGACCUUCUGUCAUCACAGUUGAGAAAGGCAGCAUUUCAGUCAGAAGUGUUGGUAUUGUUAAGUUGCCUUAUACGAGCAAUGGAAUUCAAAUAGCACCUUUCGGACACAACAUCCGUUUGGUGGCCAAGAUGAUGGAGAUGGAGCUGGUUGUCAUGUGGAACAAUGACGACUAUCUCAUGGUUUUGACUGAGCAAAAAUAUAUGGGGAAAACCUGUGGAAUGUGUGGAAAUUAUGAUGGCCAAGGAUUGAAUGAUUUCAUGAAUGAAGGUAAAUUGCUGGAUACAUACAAAUUUGCUGCAUUACAAAAAAUGGAUGAUCCAUCAGAGAUCUGCCUGUCUGAGGAGAUAUCUAUUUCUGCCAUUCGUCACAAAAAAUACGUCAUGAUCUGCUCCCAGCUACUCAACCUUGUGUCACCAACCUGCAGUGUGCCAAAGGAGGGGUUUAUUGUUCGUUGCCAGCUUGAUAUGCAGGACUGCAGCGAGCCAGGACAAAACAAUUGCACUUGCUCUACACUGUCAGAGUAUUCAAGGCAAUGUGCUAUGUCCCAUCAAAUGGUGUUCAACUGGAGGAAUGAAAACUUCUGCUCUGUGGGAAAAUGUUCCGGGAACCAAAUCUAUGAGGAAUGUGGUUCUCCAUGUAUUAAAACCUGUUCCAACCCAGAGUACAGCUGUUCCAGUCACUGUACCUAUGGUUGCUUUUGUCCAGAAGGGACUGUUCUUGAUGACAUCUCAAAGAAUCGAACAUGUGUUCACAUUAAGCAAUGCCCAUGUUCACUCAAUGGGAAAAUAUAUGCUCCUGGUGAAACAAUGAAAGCAGCAUGUAGAACCUGCCAAUGUACAAUGGGUCAGUGGAACUGCAUAGACUUGCCUUGCCCUGGAAGGUGCUCCCUCGAAGGAGGUUCCUUUGUCACCACGUUUGAUUCUAGGUCCUACAGGUUCCAUGGAGUUUGCACUUACAUUCUUAUGAAGAGUUCUGGCCUGCCACACAAUGGAACCCUAAUGGCUGUAUAUGGGAAGUCUGGUUACUCCCAUUCUGAGACAUCACUUAGUGCUAUAAUUUACUUGUCUACAAAGGACAAAAUUGUGAUUUCUCAAAAUGAACUCCUAACUGACGAUGAUGAACUUAAGCGGCUACCUUACAGAUCAGGUGACAUUACUAUUUUCAAGCAGUCCUCAAUCUACAUACAAAUGUAUACAAACUUUGGGCUUGAACUUGUCAUUCAAACAUCACCUGUGUUCCAGGCAUAUGUGAAAGUUGGACCACAAUUCAAAGGCAGGACUCUAGGUUUAUGUGGCAAUUACAAUGGCGACACUACAGAUGACUUCAUGACCAGCAUGGAUAUCAAUGAAGGGACAGCUUCCCUGUUUGUAGAUUCCUGGAGGGCAGGAAAUUGCCAGCCUGCUUUAGAGAGAGAUACUGAUCCCUGUGCUAUGAGCCAACUGAAUAAAAUAUCUGCUGAGACUCAUUGCUCCAUUCUUACAAAGAAGGGUACGGUGUUUGAGAAAUGCCAUGCUGUGGUGAACCCUAUUCCUUUCUAUAAGAGAUGUGUCUACCAAGCCUGUAAUUAUGAAGAGACCUUUCCCUAUAUAUGUUCUGCUCUGGCAUCAUAUGCACGAACAUGUAGUUCUAUGGGUUUAAUCCUCGAAAACUGGAGAAACAGUAUGGACAAUUGCACCAUUACUUGUACUGGCAAUCAGACGUUCAGCUACAACACCCAGGCAUGUGACAGGACGUGCUUAUCACUCUCCAACCGAGCUCUGGAAUGUCAUCCAACUGACAUCCCUAUUGAAGGCUGCCAUUGUCCUAAAGGAACGUACUUGAACCACAAAAACGAAUGUGUUCGUAAAUCUCAUUGUCCCUGCUAUUUAGAAGAUAGAAAAUAUAUUUUACCUGACCAGUCAACAAUAACUGGUGGGAUUACCUGCUACUGUGUUAAUGGGAGGCUAAGUUGCACUGGCAAACCUCAGAAUCCUGCAGAAAGCUGCAAAGCUCCUAAGAAAUAUGUAUCGUGUUCUGACAGUUUAGAAAACAAGUAUGGAGCUACAUGUGCCCCUACCUGUCAAAUGUUAGCCACUGGAAUUGAAUGUGUACCUACUAGGUGUGAAUCGGGCUGUGUCUGCACUAACGGGCUGUAUGAGAAUCUUGAUGGCAGGUGUGUACCAGCUGAGGAGUGUCCCUGCGAAUAUGGUGGUCUUGCUUAUGGAAAAGAUGAGCAGAUCCAAACCGAAUGUGAGAUCUGCACUUGCACAAGAGGCAAAUGGAAGUGUGUUCAGAAAUCCAGAUGUUCCUCAACAUGUAAUCUUUAUGGAGAAGGUCACAUUACUACCUUUGAUGGACAGCGCUUUGUGUUUGAUGGCAACUGUGAAUACAUACUAGCUAUGGAUGGCUGCAGUGUUAAUAAACCUGUUUCCUCCUUUAAAAUUGUUACGGAGAAUGUCAUCUGUGGGAAAUCAGGGGUUACCUGCUCCAGAUCAAUCAGCAUUUACCUUGGGAACUUGACAUUCAUACUGCGAGAUGAAACCUUCUCUGUUUCUGGGGAAAAUCCUCUUGUGCGAUAUAAAGUGAAAAAAAAUGUCCUUCACCUGAUGUUCGAUAUUGUUAUCCCAGGAAAAUACAACAUGACACUUAUCUGGAACAAGCACAUGAAUUUCUUCAUCAAGAUCUCCAGAGAAACACAGGAAACUAUCUGUGGUUUGUGUGGGAACUACAAUGGCAAUAUGAAAGAUGAUUUUGAAACCCGAAGCAAGUAUGUGGCAUCAAAUGAGUUGGAAUUUGUCAAUUCUUGGAAAGAGAAUCCGCUCUGUGGGGAUGUAUACUUCGUGGUGGACCCCUGCAGCAAGAACCCUUACCGGAAAGCCUGGGCAGAAAGGACAUGUUCCAUCAUCAAUAGCCAAGUUUUUUCUGCCUGCCACAACAAGGUAAACCGUAUACCCUACUACGAGGCCUGUGUCCGAGACUCUUGUGGCUGUGACCUGGGAGGAGACUGUGAGUGCAUGUGCGACGCCAUUGCGGUGUAUGCCAUGGCAUGCCUAGAUAAAGGCCUCUGCAUUGACUGGAGAACACCAGAGUUCUGCCCUGUGUACUGUGACUAUUACAAUUCACAUAAAAAAUCAGGAAAUGAGGAUUCUUACUCUUAUGACUACAGCAGUGACAACUGCACCUGGCACUACAGACCAUGUAACUGUCCAAACCAAAACUACAAAUAUGUCAACAUUGAAGGUUGUUACAACUGUUCUCAUGAUGAAUACUUCGACCAUGAGAAGGGACAGUGCAUGCCAUGUGGAGAGGAAAGGACUACUACUAUUACACCUAAGGCAUCUUCACCUUCAACAGUGAAAACAGUGCAGCCUACAGUAACAACAGGCUCUACUUCAGUCCCAACAUCAAUGACUACUCUGCCAACAGCAUCACCUACUUCUGCAGCUAUUAUAUCAAUGGAGACCACUAAUCCAACAGUAACUUCAAAAAUCACAAGAACUUCAUCAGCAUUACCUCUUGUUACAAUGAAGUCAACAACAGAACAGACAACAGCAGUUUUUGUCACGCCAGCUGUGACCACAAUUGCUACACCUUCCGUAACUCUCUCAACAAAGAGAGCCACGACCACAAAACUGCUGCCUACGUCUACUGCCUCAUCAACCACUCCAACAGAGACAGAAAAAGUAAGGUUUACCACACUGCCCAUCACGACCACUAUCAGAAGGAAAACAACCACAUCAAUAACCACUCAUGCUACAUCUCAUGUCGCAACUUUCCACAAGCCAAAGUUAACAACACUGGCAGCUGUCACUCACGAAAAGACAACCAUGCCACAGGUUGUGCCAUACCUGAUCACCCAGAAAAUCACCCCUGCCACAUCCACCACCAGCACCUCCAAGACCUCGGUGUCCAUAGAAACCAGCCCCACCAGCAGCCCCAAAGUGCUGCUGACAACAACAACUCAGGUCCCCAGCACUCCACCCACCACCUCAGCCUCCAGCACAGCACUCAGCACCCACGCGCCCUUUGCUGCCCCCUCCACAGUCUCCACCAAGUCUCCCACAACAACGAGGCCGAAGCCCACACCUACCACGCUGACAUCCACAGCCUCUCCCUCCACAACCAGUGUUUCGACAGAGACGCUGCCAGCUGAGUCCACUGCACCCUCUACAGCCAAAACAAGCCCCCUGCCAUCAUCUGCCUCUUCUCCAUCCUCAACUCUGUCCUCAACAUCACUAAGCCCAUCACAUCCUG